UUCAAAAAACAAAACAGUUGGUCAAUUCACCUACCCUCCUCCCAUCCUCAACUUCGUUCAAAUGGCCCACAUUCACUAGUCCUCCAGAUUCCCCCCUCAAACACACACUUAUCAAUCAUCAUGUUCAUCAUAUAUUCAUAUUCUUCUGUUGCCUCCCAAGUGAAUAAAGAUCUUCUCUCUCUCUCUCUCUAUAUAUAUACAUAUAUAGAUAUAGAUAUCUGUGCUCCAUCACAUAAUAAUUAGCUAGGCAGGUAGGUAUACGCAAUUAUUAAGAAUGGCAGAAGAAGAAUAUGGUGUGGAGGGUGAGGAGAGCAGCUGGACUUUCUACAUUGAGGGUUUCAUGUGUGAUGCUGGUUCUGACAUUGAUGAAUCCACGGCGACCCCUUCUCUUGUUUCAGAUGCUGCUUCUUCUGCUGUGGUCAAGAAGAUCAAUAGGAGAGCAUCUCAUGUGGAGAUGGGGUCAUUAGGGUUUUCUAAUUCACCCAAUAAUAAGACUGCUCAUCAUCAUCAUCAUCAUCAUUUGUGUAAGCAAAGUAGUUUCAAGAAGCAGAAGACUAAAGUCAUUCCUGCACCUAACAUGGAUUUUGACUUAGAGGACACUGCUAGUUCUCCUGUAAAUAGCCCCAAGCAGGUUUCUUCUUACAUGAAUGAUCAGUUUAUGAUGAACCAGAAAGGAAAGGGCAAGAUUGUGGAAUAUGUUUCCGAGUUGAAAAGAAAUAGUUUUGCCAAGGGUUCUGGAGGAGGAGUUUUUGCAGUUGAAAGGGAUGCUCAUGCUCAUGCUCAUGCUGCUGCUAAUUACGCAGACUUCAAGAAAAGGACGACCUCUACUCCUUAAUCAAUUACACUCUCUCUCUCUCUCUGUUGUAA